GUGAAAAACCUGGAGAACGAGAAGAAGAGGCUGGACACGCAGCUGAAGAUCCUGAAGGAGCAGGAGGACUACAAGGGGAAGGUGGACGAGGUGGUGAAGCAGCUUGAGAACGAGCUGGAGCAGCAGAUCGAGAACCUGCUGAAUGAUCAGGAGAAGCUGAAGGCCGAGCUGCUGAAGAACCAGGAGGAGGUGGAGGACACCAAGGACAGGUUUGAGAAGGAGAUGAACAAAAAAGCUGAGUUGGAAAAUGAGUUUGUCAUCACCAAGAAGGACGUGGACGAAGGUCACCUGGAGGCUGUGGAUCUGGCUCUGGAGCUGGAGGACCAGAUGGGAAAGCUGGACUUCCUGAGAGUCGGCUAUGACGAGGAGAUCAAGGAGCUGGAGUCGCAGGUCCAGAACGAGACGGUCCUGUUACGUGACAACAGCAAGCGUUCUCUGGACAUGAACGAGAUCAUCGAGAACGUCAAGGCUCAGUACGCCAACAUGGCCGCCCGCGGCAGGGAGGAGGCCGAGCAGUGGAACCAGAAAAAGAUGGACUCGUUGGUCCUCAAUGCAGGACAGCGUGAGCAGGAGGUUCGUGACGUGAAGAGGGACAUCUCUGACCUGCUGCGCCUCAUCCAGAGACUCACCGGAGACCUGGACACUCUCAAAAGGAAGGAAGAGGCCCUCAAGAACGAAAUCGACAACGUUAGACAAGAUGGCGACGAGCACAUAGCGAAGGCUCGGAAGCAGAUCGUUCAGCUGGAGGAGGCCUUGAAGCGGGCCAAGCAGGACUUGGCCGGACAGAUCCGCGAGCACCAAGAGCUGUUGAACCUGAAGCUGGCCCUGGACAUCGAGAUCGCCACCUACCACAAGCUGCUGGAGGGCGAGGAGCAGAGAAUGAACGAACUUAUGCGCAACGGAGAUUUCUAAAAAACAAACCAACCAAUCCAAGUCCUUGCUUGCACGCAGACGCUCACCUGCUGAACAAGCAACGCCUGACGGAGAAGCCACAGGAAUCCAUCCCCGUCCCCACGGCAACCACCGACAUCCCGGCAACCACCAUCAUCCCACCAGAGUGCCCCGCCUCCAAGAAGCGCCUGCUGAUCCGGGUGGAGGUGGAAGCAGGCAGAGUCGUGUCCGAAAGCUCCCAUUACACAGACUGAUCCGUCACGCCUCUGCAGCAUUACAGUAUGUCCGUAAAAUGUGAAUUAAAAAAACCUCCAAAUUUAUAUUUAAUUAAGUUAAAUUAAACUAUUUCAGUUGCACACAAAAAUCAUCCCUUUUGUUUUUCUGCUUUCUGGUGGAGCUUCAUGGCAGGUUGAGCGUUUUCCUAGAAUCAGUGCUUGGAUUUGUAGAAGUUUGUUUAUGUCCAUCGGUGCUUUUGAAAAGGUUUUCCUAUCUUUGUUUACAUUUGUAAAGACUUCCAGUACAUUUUCAAAAUCCUUCUUGCAGUUUUUUUUUCUCUCUGACCUUAAUAGGAAUAGGGCUUUGUCUUUGUAGAACAGGAAAUCACCAGUCUAACCCUUCAACGUUUUCCUCAACGGGUUUGUGGUUAAAGGUGGGUUGUUCUGUUGGUCCACAUCUUGAAUCGAAUAUCAGGAAGGAUGUACACAAAGAUGAAGUCUCCUACAGUCACAAAAGUCACAUUAAGGAUAGGUUUUAAUGUUCUGGAAAGAAAAACACGAGUCUGCAAAGGGAAAUGUUUGUUUGCAAGCCUUAAAUUUCCUGAACUUUGGAGUUGUUCUCUUUCUUAGGUGUUUCUGAACCCUUGAACCAAGUAUGUCAAAGUAAUCACAACAAAUCAGAUUACAUUACAGAUUUUACUGUUACUGGAGCACAAUAAAUAAAUAAAGCAACAUGACCAAUA